AUGGGAGGCACAAAAGUCAAAAAGUCUUACCUCGACUUAGUCAGGGAGUGCGAUGGAUUUCCUUAUUAUGAGGAUGGCCCAAAAGACUUCGAGGAUUACAUGUCCCAUUUCUAUGCAUUUAAAAUCAACGGCUGCGUUGAAGUUUUGGGAUACAUGAAGACUGAUGUGGUGAAAAAGUGGGACUGGUCGCAAGAAUCGUGGGAAGUUGACCACGACGCCCGCACACUGACCCUUCUCUCGGAUGAAGAUGCGUCAGUGCAGGAGCGGACCGACUUGAUACAAGCAACUCUUCAUGCCGCUCGUGCAGCAAGCGCAUUUGAAGUCUUAAAGGGCUGGCGCGAUGAGCUCUACCCCAUCUACGUUCCGGGGACGACUGAUCUGCUUGCCAGUAUGGAGCGCUCUGCAGCUUGUCUCUUUGGAAUCCUCACCUUCGGCAUUCACAUGACGGCCUACACAGUGAAAGAUGGACAGAUUAUGAUAUGGGUUCCCGUGCGGUCAGAGACUAAAUCGACUUUUCCGGGGAUGAUGGACAACAGCGUGGCGGGUGGUAUCACCACAGGGGAAACUCCGUUCGAGUGCAUGUUGCGGGAAGCAAUGGAGGAAGCAUCCCUGGAGAGAGAGGUGGCAGAGAAAGCGAUUGCGUGCGGCUGUCUUACGUACAUCUACAUCCGUGACAAAAACGCUGGUGGCGAAACUGGUGUUGUGCAGCCCGAGUGCGAGUAUAUCUACGAUCUCAAGCUUGAGCCGGAUAUUAUCCUUCAACCAAAGGACGGGGAGGUGGGGGAGUUCUUCUUAAUGUCGAUUCCUGAGGUGAUUGAGGCGCUGGAAGCGGGGAAGUUGAAACCGAAUUGUGCGGUUGUCAUGAUCGAUUUCCUCAUGAGACACGGGAAGAUAACGCCGGAGGAAGAAAAGGAUUACAUUGAGAUAUCCGCGAGAAUACACCGACGUCUUGGAUUCCCGCUUUUCUAA